GGAGAGAGCGCGCGCCCCGCACGGGGGCGGAGGGGCACGCGCGCGGAGCGGCGGUGCUGCGGCUCAGCUGAUAAUUGACGGGACCUCGACGCCGACGGGGGAAGAGGAGGGAGACGCAGCCAACGUCGCCGCCGCUUUCUUCGCCCCCGCCCCCCCCUCCUUCUUUUUCUUCUUCCUCACGGCCGCCGGAGACUCGGGGGCCGCGCUAGGGAGCUGUAAACUGCUGUGGGGAGAGAAUUUGCCUCUCUGGCUGCCAUCCUUCUCAGGAAACAUUUGAAAGGCCACUUUGGAUCCUGGGUGAGGGAGAGAAAAUCAUUGAAUGGUAGUGUCUAGAAAGGGUAUGUCCCUUCAAGAGAGAGGUGCCAAUGUCCAACCGGCCUAAUAACAAUCCAGGGGGGUCACUGCGACGUUCACAAAGGAACACAGCCGGGACCCAACUACAAGACGACUCAAUAGGAGGAAGGUCACAUUUAGGGCAGGCAAAACAUAAGGCAUAUAGCCCUCCUGAGAGUAGAAAAUCUAUUUCUAAGGCACCCAAAGUGCAGUCUAAUACUCCUUCUGAACAGCCAAGGGGACACCUUUCUAAAAGAAGCUGCAGUUCUUCAUCCGUGGUCUUGGUACCCCAGCCAGAGGAGCCAGACAAAGCCAAUACUUCAGACAGACAAAAAACGGAACAGGUGCCUAAGAAAGACAAUUCUCGAGGAGUGAAGCGCAGCGCUAGUCCAGAUUACAACAGGACCAAUUCUCCCAGCUCUGCUAAAAAACCAAAAGCACUUCAGCAAACUGAUUCUUCCUCAGAACCAAACAAAGCGCAUACUAAGUCAAAGAAGAGACACUUAGACCAAGAGAAGGAGUUGAAAUCUGCACAAUUGCCAUCGACGAGCAAGGCCUAUACCAGAAAGGGUGGAGCUCCCGGUAGCUCACGAAGUCAGAAAAGAAAGAGGACAGAGAGUUCUCCUUGUAUAAAGAGUGAUUCACCUUCCGAAUCAACUCGUGCUGAAGAGAGAUCAGCAAAAGCCACCAAGCUGGCUUCAAAAUCAGCCUCCUCAACCAAAGCUGGGUGUAGCACCAUCACUGAUUCUUCUUCCUCUGCCUCUACGUCCUCCUCCUCUUCUGCUGUUGCCUCCGCUUCCUCUUCUGUGCCUCAAGGUGCCCGAGUGAAACAAGGAAAAGACCAGAGCAAAGCCAGGCGUGCUCGUUCCGCCUCCAGUCCCAGCCCUCGUCGGAGCAGCCGCGAGAAGGAACAGAGCAAAACUGCCAGCUCUUCGAAAUUUGACUGGGCGACACGGUUCAGCCCCAAAGUUAGCUUGCCGAAAACCAAACUGUCUCUCCCGGGGUCUUCUAAAGCCGAGGCUUCGAAACCUGGCCCUUCGGGAUUACAAGCCAAGUUAGCAAGUUUGAGAAAAUCAACCAAGAAGCGCAGUGAAUCACCACCUGCUGAGCUCCCCAGUUUGCGGCGGAGCACACGCCAAAAGACCACGGGCUCCUGUGCAAGCACCAGUCGGCGAGGCUCUGGCCUGGGCAAGAGAGGAGCAGCUGAGGCUCGCCGACAGGAGAAAAUGGCAGAUCCUGAUACCAACCAGGACGGAGUCAAUUCUUCAGCUGCCCGGACGGAUGAAACACCCCAAGGAGCUGCAGCUUCUAGUUCUGUUGCUGGGGCUGUAGGCAUGACCACCUCUGGUGAGAGUGAGUCAGAUGAUUCAGAGAUGGGAAGACUACAAGCUCUGUUAGAGGCUAGGGGUCUUCCUCCUCACCUGUUCGGCCCUCUUGGUCCUCGGAUGUCACAACUUUUCCACAGGACAAUUGGAAGUGGAGCUAGUUCAAAGGCCCAGCAGCUCCUGCAAGGCCUGCAAGCCACCGAUGAGAGUCAGCAGCUCCAGGCGGUGAUCGAGAUGUGUCAGCUGUUGGUCAUGGGCAAUGAAGAAACGUUGGGAGGGUUUCCAGUCAAAAGUGUCGUGCCAGCUUUGAUAACAUUACUGCAGAUGGAGCACAAUUUUGAUAUUAUGAACCACGCUUGCCGGGCCUUAACAUAUAUGAUGGAAGCACUUCCCAGGUCAUCUGCAGUGGUGGUAGAUGCAAUUCCUGUCUUCUUAGAAAAGCUGCAAGUUAUCCAGUGUAUUGAUGUGGCAGAGCAAGCUCUGACUGCUUUGGAGAUGUUAUCUCGCAGACAUAGCAAAGCCAUUCUUCAGGCGGGAGGUUUAGCAGAUUGCCUGCUGUACCUGGAGUUCUUCAGCAUAAAUGCCCAGAGAAAUGCAUUAGCAAUUGCAGCCAACUGUUGCCAGAGUAUCACACCAGAUGAGUUUCACUUUGUGGCAGAUUCCCUCCCCUUGCUGACACAAAGACUGACCCAUCAGGAUAAAAAGUCAGUAGAAAGCACUUGCCUGUGUUUUGCACGACUAGUGGACAACUUCCAACACGAGGAGAACUUGCUUCAACAGGUGGCCUCUAAGGAUUUGCUGACCAAUAUUCAGCAACUGUUGGUUGUGACACCUCCCAUUUUGAGCUCGGGGAUGUUCAUAAUGGUGGUGCGCAUGUUUUCUCUGAUGUGCUCCAACUGUCCUACUCUAGCGGUUCAACUUAUGAAGCAAAACAUUGCAGAAACACUUCACUUCCUUCUCUGUGGGGCCUCCAACGGAAGUUGUCAGGAGCAGAUUGACCUCGUUCCUCGAAGUCCCCAAGAACUUUAUGAGCUCACAUCUCUUAUUUGUGAACUGAUGCCAUGCUUGCCAAAAGAAGGAAUAUUUGCUGUUGAUACUAUGCUAAAGAAGGGGAAUGCCCAAAACACAGAUGGUGCCAUAUGGCAGUGGCGCGAUGACAGAGGUCUUUGGCAUCCGUAUAACAGGAUUGAUAGCCGGAUAAUUGAGGUAGCAGCCCAUCAAGUCGGUGAGGAUGAAAUAAGUUUAUCUACACUUGGGCGGGUUUAUACGAUUGAUUUUAAUUCUAUGCAGCAAAUCAACGAGGACACUGGAACAGCUCGUGCCAUUCAGAGGAAACCUAACCCAUUGGCCAACACUAACCCUAGUGGACAUUCAGAAUUAAAGAAGGAUGACGCUCGAGCACAGCUAAUGAAAGAGGAUCCGGAACUGGCAAAGUCCUUUAUUAAAACAUUGUUUGGAGUUCUUUAUGAAGUGUAUAGUUCAUCAGCUGGCCCUGCAGUCAGACAUAAGUGCCUUAGAGCAAUUCUUAGGAUAAUUUAUUUUGCAGAUGCUGAACUUCUCAAGGAUGUGCUGAAAAACCAUGCAGUUUCAAGUCAUAUUGCUUCCAUGCUAUCAAGUCAAGACCUGAAGAUAGUAGUUGGAGCCCUUCAGAUGGCUGAGAUUUUAAUGCAGAAGUUACCUGAUAUUUUUAGUGUGUACUUCAGAAGAGAAGGGGUAAUGCACCAAGUGAAAAAUUUAGCAGAGUCCGAGGCAUUGCUGACCAGUCCCCCCAAGGCGUGCACGAAUGGAUCAGGAGCUUUGGGGACCACUGCAACUAUCAGUCCGGGAUCAGCCUCGGUGGCCAGCAACGUACCUGCAGACCUGGGCUCCCCCAGCUUACAGCACAGCAGGGAUGAUUCUCUAGACUUGAGCCCGCAGGGCCGACUAAGCGAUGUGCUGAAGAGAAAGCGAUUGCCUAAACGUGGGCCGCGAAGGCCAAAGUAUUCACCUCCGAGAGACGACGACAAAGUAGACAAUCAAGCGAAAAGCCCUACCACUACUCAGUCUCCUAAAUCUUCCUUCCUGGCAAGCUUGAAUCCUAAAACGUGGGGAAGAUUAAGCACCCAGUCCAAUAGCAACAACAUUGAACCAGCACGCACAGCAGGAGUCAGUGGUCUUGCCAGAGCUGCCUCAAAGGACACCAUAUCCAGUAAUAGGGAAAAAAUUAAGGGCUGGAUAAAGGAACAAGCGCACCAAUUUGUGGAGCGUUAUUUCAGCUCUGAGAAUAUGGAUGGAAGCAACCCUGCCCUGAAUGUUCUCCAAAGACUGUGCACUGCAACUGAGCAACUCAACCUCCAGGUGGACGGUGGGGCUGAGUGCCUUGUAGAAAUCCGGAGCAUAGUCUCCGAGUCAGACGUCUCCUCCUUUGAAAUCCAGCACAGUGGGUUUGUGAAACAGCUGCUUCUUUACUUGACGUCGAAAAGCGAAAAAGAUGCCGUGAGCCGGGAUAUCAGAUUGAAAAGAUUCCUUCAUGUAUUUUUUGCUUCUCCGCCUCCUGGAGAAGAACCAGUUGGAAGAUUAGAACCAAUGGGAAAUGCACCUUUGUUGGCAUUAGUGCACAAGAUGAACAACUGCCUCAGUCAGAUGGAGCAGUUUCCCGUCAAAGUGCACGAUUUCCCAAGUGGAAAUGGAACAGGCAGCAGUUUUUCUCUCAACAGAGGGUCACAAGCUUUAAAAUUUUUCAACACGCACCAGUUGAAGUGCCAGCUACAGAGGCAUCCAGACUGUGCCAACGUGAAGCAAUGGAAAGGAGGCCCCGUGAAGAUUGAUCCCCUGGCGUUGGUUCAAGCGAUUGAGAGAUACCUUGUAGUGAGAGGUUAUGGAAGAGUGAGAGAAGAUGAUGAAGACAGUGAUGAUGAUGGAUCAGAUGAGGAAAUAGAUGAGUCUUUGGCUGCUCAGUUCUUAAAUUCAGGAAAUGUGCGACAUAGAUUGCAGUUUUACAUCGGAGACCAUUUACUGCCAUAUAACAUGACGGUAUAUCAGGCAGUGAGACAGUUCAGCAUACAGGCUGAAGAGGAGAGAGAGUCCACAGAUGAUGAAAGUAAUCCAUUAGGAAGAGCUGGUAUUUGGACAAAGACUCAUACGAUAUGGUACAAACCUGUGAGGGAGGAUGAAGACGGCAGUAAGGACUGUGGAGGUGGGAAAAGAGGGAGGGCUCAAACUGCUCCAACCAAAACUUCUCCUAGAAAUGCAAAAAAGCACGAUGAGCUGUGGCACGAUGGAGUUUGUCCAUCAGUUUUGAAUCCACUAGAAGUUUACCUCAUAUCGUCACCUCCUGAAAAUAUAACCUUCGAAGACCCUUCUUUAGAUGUGAUCCUCCUUUUACGAGUGUUACAUGCCAUUAGUCGAUAUUGGUAUUACCUGUAUGAUAAUGCAAUGUGCAAGGAGAUUAUUCCAACUGGUGAAUUUAACAACAGUAAACUGACAGCAAAAGCCAACAGGCAACUUCAGGAUCCUUUGGUAAUUAUGACAGGAAACAUACCAACCUGGCUCACUGAACUUGGAAAAACAUGCCCAUUUUUCUUUCCAUUUGAUACCCGGCAAAUGCUUUUUUAUGUAACCGCAUUUGAUCGAGACCGAGCCAUGCAAAGACUCCUCGACACCAACCCAGAAAUCAAUCAGUCUGACUCUCAAGACAGCAGAGUUGCCCCCCGACUAGACAGGAAAAAACGCACUGUGAACCGAGAAGAGCUGCUGAAACAGGCGGAGUCUGUGAUGCAGGACCUGGGCAGCUCCAGAGCCAUGCUAGAAAUCCAGUAUGAGAACGAAGUUGGCACGGGACUUGGCCCGACAUUGGAGUUUUAUGCACUUGUAUCUCAGGAACUACAGAGGGCUGACCUGGGCCUCUGGAGAGGUGAAGAAGUAACCUUAACCAAUCCAAAAGGAAGCCAAGAAGGGACCAAGUAUAUUCAAAACCUCCAAGGCCUUUUUGCGCUUCCCUUUGGCAGAACAGCCAAGCCAGCUCAUAUUGCUAAAGUUAAGAUGAAGUUCCGCUUUCUGGGAAAGUUAAUGGCCAAGGCUAUCAUGGAUUUCAGAUUGGUGGAUCUUCCUCUAGGUUUGCCUUUUUACAAAUGGAUGUUACGACAAGAAACUUCUCUCACGUCGCAUGAUUUGUUUAAUAUUGAUCCAGUUGUAGCCAGAUCAGUAUAUCAUCUUGAAGAUAUUGUCAGACAGAAAAAAAGACUUGAACAGGAUAAAUCACAGACCAAAGAGAGUCUGCAGUGUGCAUUGGAGACCCUGAGUAUGAAUGGCUGUUCAGUGGAAGACCUAGGACUGGACUUCACCCUUCCAGGUUUUCCCAACAUAGAAUUAAAGAAAGGGGGGAAAGAUACAGCUGUCACCAUCCACAAUUUAGAGGAGUAUCUGAGGCUGGUUAUAUUCUGGGCACUGAACGAAGGGGUCGCCAGGCAGUUUGAUUCAUUCAGAGAUGGAUUUGAAUCAGUCUUCCCUCUCAGUCACCUUCAGUACUUCUACCCAGAGGAGCUGGACCAACUCUUGUGUGGCAGUAAAACGGACACGUGGGAUGCGAAAACCUUGAUGGAGUGCUGCAGGCCGGACCACGGCUACACACACGACAGUCGCGCUGUGAAGUACCUGUUCGAGAUCCUCAGCAGUUUUGAUAAUGAACAGCAAAGAUUAUUUCUGCAGUUUGUGACUGGGAGCCCAAGAUUACCCGUAGGAGGCUUCCGAAGUUUGAACCCUCCUCUGACAAUUGUCCGCAAGACUUUUGAGUCGACAGAAAAUCCCGAUGACUUCUUACCCUCCGUAAUGACUUGUGUGAACUAUCUCAAGUUGCCGGACUAUUCAAGCAUUGAGAUAAUGCGGGAAAAACUGUUAAUAGCUGCGAGAGAGGGGCAGCAAUCUUUCCACCUUUCCUGAUCACCAUGAAAGCGCAAUGUCUGCCUGUUACAGCAAAAGAGAAAAAAAAAAAAAAAAUCAUGAUUUCUUUUCUAAAUGUAUCACCCGAGUCAAGGAAACGUGUUACGCCUUCUUGUUGUAGAAAACGGCUUGCAGAUUCUAAGAGACACUUGGUUGGUGUUCAUUUAAUGGCCCCCUGGACUUAAAGUGAUCAGGCCCUAAAAUGUUGUUGUGACAAGGUUUCUUUAGCAAGUUCUUGUUUAAAUUAUCAUUUAUUUGACAAGUGAAGUUUUUAACUUGCUUUGCUGUGUGAAAUUUAAAAAAAAAAAAAGGGAUGUUUUUCCAAGCUGGAACAAUAAAUGUCGCUGUGCAGUUUAAUACUGGGCUGUGUGUAUCCAUCUAGCUAAGUCUGCAGUUUUAUUUCCUCCAAAGACAACUUUUGUACCCAAGUACAGAAACGGAAAGUACCGUGUAUUUGGCGGAUCCGGUUUCUAGGCUAGCUCGAAAUUCCUCCCCUGACGUACUGUCUGAUGUGCAAUUCACACGGUUCCUUUUUGUGUCCCCUCUCUCAGUUGUUAUUUUUUUUUUUUUACCUUUCGUUGUUGGCAUGGGCAGCCAUUGCUCCGUGUUUCCUUCCCAAUUAAGAUCUAAUUUAAACUGUACCGAAUUGAACUAUAUUGUCCAUAUAAUUCAGCCUUUGUAACGAGGUAGGAUCUUUCUUAGAGCUUAGGUUUAGUGUAGUUGAGGAUCUCCUGGCUACAGCCUCUCCCACGUGACACACCGGGACCCUUCCCACCAGGGUGUCCGUCUGACAGCGCUCGCCCCGGCCCCCGAGGUACUAAAGAAAGAAAUCCUUUCUUUUGUGGAGUUGAAAACUCAGCCUCCGUGCCGGCCGGCCGGGAUAACUUAUUCACUCGCUGGCUGGGAUAGCGUAUUCCCCGGCCGAAGCGUUGAAUCGAUGCUAACAGUUCCGUCCCCUGUUCAGUAAAACCCUUUUUCGCCGGUUCAAGUUCGUAUUUUCUUUUGUCAUCCUUCCUUUCUUCCCAUCCCAUCCUUCCCACCCCGCUCCCCCUGCCCCUUCCCAUUUCCCCCCCCCCGACCCCGGGAUACAGAGUUCUGCCUUUGUCUUUUGACCCAGAUGAAGCACCUGUAAGCAAUGCUCUGUCCGACUGUUUUAUGUGCUGAUUUCUCAAAUCUGCAAUAAUUUACUUCAUCAGGUCAAUGUUUUUACCUGAAUAUAAAUAAAUAAAAGUUUGCUUCACCUUUUUGUUCAUAGUUUGUACUGUAUGCAGUAGUCCAAUUGUGCAAAUUUAUCUCAAAGCAAAGUAAGCCCUUUAAAGCCCCGCGACUUCUUUGCCAGCAGAAUGGCGGAUUUUCAAAGACCUUGCAACUGAGGAAAAAUUGCGGAGAGACGGAGGAAGGAAAACGUUUCCCUCCUCGGGUUCAAAAUUGUCUCCCGUCAACACUCCCGCGAGAACUUGCCACCAUUCAGCUCUCCGAAAAAAUCCCAAACGAUGGUUAUUCCACUUUGAGAAAUCAAAAGAGUUGUUCCGUUUCAUGUCGAAUGUUCCAAAGGUUUUGUUUUGUUUCUUGGAGUAGAUGGUUCCUCUCUCCCCACAGAACUAGCUAGAGGGUUGUUUCACUGAGCUGAAUUUGUCGUUUUAGAAUAAAUGAAAAUGGCCUUAA